UGCUUGCCCCAUUAUUAAGUACAAUAAAGAUUCUCUUACUGUGCCAUAAUAGCUAAAGAAGUCUAACUUGUAAUAAGCUUAUCAUAGUUGAGUGUACGUGUUUGUUGCGGCUGUCACUUGGAAGUUAUACACCUUUUCCAAAAAAAAUCUGUCAUAGGAGCCUGCUAAUUGUGUAGGACAUAGUAUUUCCAGAUGUGUGACGAUGAGUUCAAAAUUUCGUCAGAAAUUCAUCUACAAAGCGAAGUGGACCGUACUGCCAAUCCUUCAUUGUCACAAGAAAAUGUGGUCACAAGAUUCACCUUCAGACUGUCAAAAGAUCUAUCAUUCAUUGAAGGACAUAAAGAUGCAGAGGUGGACGAAGACGGUGACUUCAUUUUGCAAAGGCGGGAUAGCACAUCACAAGAUGGCUUUUUAUUAAUUGAACAGAAAUCAUCAACACCAUUGGAACUAGUCGGCCUUCAAGUGUGGCGAGGUGCCCUACUGCUGUCUGAUUUUCUCCUGCACAAUGGCAAAACAUUGUUGAGUGGACACACAGUGCUGGAGUUGGGAGCUGGAGCUGGUCUCUCAAGUAUUGUGGCGGCCAUGUUUGCCCAUGAAGUUGUAUCUACAGAUAUUGACACAGAAGAAAUCCUUGAAUUAAUAUGGGCUAACAAAGAGCGCAACAAGAAAUGGAUAAAAUCAAAAUUUUCUGUUAUGGGAUUUGACUUUUUUGCUAAGAAAUGGAGUAGUGAACUGGAAGAAAAAUUAAGAGAAGUGACAACCAUUUUGGCAGCUGAUGUAAUUUAUGACAAUGAUUUGACAGAAGCGUUUGUUGACUGUCUUGCUAAGCUCUUGGUAGUUCCACCAGCAAAGACUGUGUAUGUGGCUCUAGAGAAAAGAUUUGUGUUCACUGUGGCUGAUCUGGACUGUGUAGCACCAUGCUAUGAACACUUUCUGCAAUGCUUAUCAAACAUUCAGCGUAAGCCUCCUGGUUCUAACUGGACUGUGGAGCAACUGGCUAUAGAUUUUCCUCAAUAUUUUAAUUAUGAACGUGUUAAAGAACUUGUAUUGUGGAAAAUAAGCUCAUAGGAAAUAUUUGUUGUAUCAUAGAGUAGUUCAGCUUUUCUGACAAAGAUGAAUGAAACACAGAUGAAUACUGAACAGCACAACACACGCACACACCUAAUGGAGUCACUUUAAAGGUGUAAUAAGAUGUGAUACUGACCAGUAACCUGCCUGUAUCUACUGGUGUAUUCAGCAUUUUUGAAAUAUAUUCUUUGUUCUUGAA